AUGGCACAACCCGAAAAUGUGGCUGUCACGUGCCUCCGUUUAGUGCGGCCAACUCGCUUAGCCCUAGUCCCACAACCACAAUUUGAUCGACUCGGACAUCUUCAAUUCUCAACGCCGACAACCCAGCACACACAUCAGUCACCAUGGUAUUCGUCCAAGGUCAAGGCUGGUCAGCUCUGGGGCAAGAACAAGGAGGAGCUCUCCCAGCAGCUCGAGGAGUUGAAGACCGAGCUUAACCAGCUCCGCGUCCAGAAGAUCGCCAGCGGCGCUUCUUCCAAGACCAACCGGAUCCACGAUGUCCGCAAGUCCAUCGCUCGCAUCCUGACCAUCAUCAACGCCAACCAGCGCGCUCAGCUGCGUCUGUUCUACAAGAACAAGAAGUACCUCCCUCUUGACCUCCGCCCCAAGCUCACCCGUGAGCUGCGCCGCAGACUCACCAAGCACGAGGCUACCCUCACCACCGAGCGCCAGCGCAAGCGCGAGAUUCACUUCCCCCAGCGCAAGUACGCUGUUAAGGUAUGA